GAUUCUUUAAAACGCCCUGAUUGAUAGAAGACCUUAACAAGCGUGAACAUCGUGCGUAUUGGAACCAGACUCUUAAUGUUUACGUUACCCUUCCCGCAAUUUGUCCGUAGAUAGGAUAUAGGAGGAACAACAGGCGCUUUGCCAACUUUAUUUCCUGGCUGAAGAGACAAUCCUGAUAUUAAAUCCAAUGUACCUAGCAUUAGCCUGCAUACUCUAGCCUUCCUCGCCGGCUAGAGGAAUGCUGUCAUUUAGUUAGGCUGAUAUAUUUUCCCAUUUAGAUUACCCACAUUUCAGCAAGCACAAUGAAUUUACUACCAUCCAAUCCACACGGCAAUGGAUUACUUCAUGCUGGAUUUAACCAGGAUCACGGAUGUUUUGCAUGUGGAAUGGAGAAUGGAUUCAGGGUAUAUAACGCCGAUCCCCUCAAAGAAAAGGAAAAACAAGAGUUUCUUGAGGGAGGAAUUGGUCAUGUGGAGAUGCUUUUUCGGUGCAAUUAUCUUGCGCUUGUUGGUGGUGGAAAAAAACCCAAAUAUCCUCCCAAUAAAGUGAUGAUUUGGGAUGACCUCAAGAAAAAGACUGUGAUCGAGAUUGAGUUUUCAACAGAGGUUAAAGCUGUAAAGCUACGACGUGACAGAAUUGUGGUCGUCCUGGAUUCCAUGAUCAAAGUCUUUACAUUUACACACAAUCCUCAUCAGCUGCAUGUCUUUGAAACAUGCUAUAACCCUAAAGGUUUGUGUGUCUUGUGCCCGAACAGCAACAAUUCAUUGCUAGCAUUCCCUGCAACUCACUCUGGACAUGUUCAGAUUGUGGACCUGGCCAACACAGAGAAACCGCCUGUUGAUAUUCCUGCCCACGAGGGGGCUCUGUGCUGCAUCGCCCUCAACCUACAGGGCACCCGAAUAGCAACAGCAUCUGAAAAAGGGACUUUGAUCAGAAUAUUUGACACCUCAGCAGGUCAUCUUAUUCAGGAGCUAAGAAGAGGAUCACAAACUGCCAACAUAUACUGCAUCAACUUCAAUCAGGACGCAUCUCUUAUCUGCGUAUCCAGCGAUCAUGGAACAAUCCAUAUAUUCGCUGCAGAGGAUCCCAAAAGAAACAGGCAAUCCAGCUUGGCAUCAGCCAGUUUUCUACCCAAGUAUUUCAGCUCCAAAUGGAGUUUCUCCAAGUUCCAGGUCCCAUCUGGUUCUCCAUGUGUCUGUGCCUUUGGAACAGAACCAAAUGCUGUUAUAGCUAUUUGUGCUGAUGGCAGCUACUACAAGUUUUUGUUCAACCAGAAAGGGGAGUGCUCAAGAGAUGUUUAUGCACAGUUCUUGGAAAUGACUGACGAGACGAUCUGAGUGUCAACCCUACUUCACUUUAUACGUUUCUGUUUUUUCUCCAAGUUAAAGGAUAUCCAAGGACUCGUGUGGCAUUCAUGUGAUAGACUCCUUUUUUUUUUGGAGAUCAUCAUGUCACUGACUUGGAGGAGAGACCAAAAGAUACUCUCAAUGAUCUCUUCAUUCAAACUAUAAGAGACCUGAAAAAUCAGAGAGAUUACUGAAUAAAUGGGACUUCACAGGACUGAAGUACUGUGAGAAAGGGGAGAUCUUUUUUUUGGAAAACUGGUUUUUAAACGUCUUCCAUGGGAUUUUUUUUAAAGCGUUGGAUGUCCUUGGCUAGGUAGCAAGAGCGAUUUUCUUUGUCCACUAACAGAAACCUAAUCUAAUGCAGUGCCUCUGUAUUAAUGAUGAGAGGAGCAUCAUUUAUAGUAUGUAUUUACAAACUACUUAGUAGUGUUAGGUAUUGUUUAACAUGCUGUAUGAACACAAAAUACCAUUGAAAAUUAUGUAACUACAGACUUUCAGUGUAUAGACUAGUUUAACAAAAACAUUUUGUGUAAACGUGUGCUCCUCAUUUCUUGUAAUGCAGUUUUCUUUAUUUAUUUUUUGCAAGUUGCUGUUGAACUUUAAGAGGAAGAGAUGUAUUCUCCUUCCUCUAAAGAGUUCUGUCGUUUUACUUGAAGGGAUACUCCCCCUGGUUGUUCCAAACAUCUAUACAUUGCAUUGUUCUGAUAAACACAACAAUGGAUAAUUGUAAAAAUGUUAAUGACUGACAUUUCUGGGAUAUCAAUGACUGCCAUAGUAGAAAAAAAAUAAAAUGAUAGUCAACGGUGCCCGGUUUGCUUUCCUAAAUUCAAAAUUUGCAUUUAACGGAACAAAAAAAUGAAUUAAAUAAUUUUUUCUACUAUGGUAGUCAAUGAUGUCCCAGAAAUGUCAAUCUUUCUCGGAGUUCAUCAGAACAAAGAAAUGUAUGCACCUUUGGAACAACUUGAGGGUGAGAAUAUGAUGACAGAAUUUUGGGUGGACUAUCUCUUUAUGCCAAUUUGCUAAAACAAACACAAAGGGUAUAAAAUUAAAAUUUUGUCAUGCAUAUGUUUUGGUCCUCAUUAAUUAAAAUGAAAUCUACGAAACUGUAAUAAAAAUAUAGGUUCUCAUCCGAAAACUAAUCGAGAAUAACUGCUUUGCAAGGUUAUAUGUAAACAAUUGUCUGGAUGUAAAUUAGAUGCAUCCAGUGGUUGGAACUGAACACAAACCACAAUGAGCACUUCAUAUGUUAGUAACAAUACUUUUUCAUACCAAAUCAAACCACUAAAUUCCCUCACUAUUGCACUUAACAGUGUGCCUGGUCUAAUCGUGUAAUGAUUUUGUAUUUUAAAUGUAUUCUUCUUUUAAUCAUAACUGUUAUUUGAAAUUUAUAUGUAAGCAAUUUUGUUACUCAUUUAAUGCUUAAAUGUGCAAGUGAUUGUUGCUUUAUUUUAAGAGUAUGAUGUUCAUAUGUUGUUUGACUGUGAGACCUGAAGGAAUGGCCACAGAAAUCAGCCACAUAUGACUGAUUAAAAGCAGAUUGUACAAAUAAGAA